AUGAUAUGCUUUGCCGCAUGGCCUACCGCCACCGACAAAGAGAUGUUCGAUGGAAUCGCUGCUGAGAUCAACGUCCACUGGAAUUCAACCUAUCUAGUCGCAUCUUUUCAUAGAAAAGCUUUUCAGAAAUACAUCACUGGGUUCGACCGUGCUCAAAGCAGAGUAAUGAUGGCUGCAGCAGUUUCCUUGAUUAUUGUGAUGGUCGUUUCUCUUGCAAUAAUGGUAUUUUGUUCAAAGUCUAUAGCAGAAGCUGCCAUACGCGGGUGCAGUGAUGUAAAAACUCGAAGAAUUCAAGCACAGCUUUAUCGUACUUUGGUUGCGCAGAACGAACUCUACUUCGGCUUGCGUCUGCUGCUCAGGACUGCCGCGUUCACACCUGCCUGA